GGCGGCAUGUCGGCAGAGAGCUGGGUGCCCAGGCCGGGCAGGCAGCCUGGGACCUCGGGCGCAGGUGUGUGGGCCCCCCGGACGGUGUCCGGCCCCUGGAGCCUGUCCCGCGGGAGAGCUCAUGCAGCUGCCGCAGUCCUCUGCUACGUCAACCUGCUCAACUACAUGAACUGGAGCAUCAUUGCAGGGAUGCUGCUGGACGUACAGAACUUUUUUCAUAUCAGCGAUAGCAAUGCCGGUCUGCUUCAGACAGUCUUCGUCUGCUGCCUGCUGCUGUCCGCACCGGUGUUCGGCUACCUGGGCGACCGCCACAGCCGCAAAGCCGCGCUGAGUAUUGGGAUCCUGCUCUGGUCGGGGGCAGGUCUCUCCAGCUCCUUCAUCUCCCCCCAGUAUUCCUGGCUCUUCUUCCUGUCCCGGGGGGUUGUGGGCAUAGGCUCUGCCAGCUUCUCCACCAUCGCGCCCACUGUCCUGGGCGACCUCUUUGUGAGGGAACAGCGGACCCGGGUGCUGGCCGUCUUCUACAUCUUUAUCCCUGUUGGAAGUGGUCUGGGCUACGUGCUGGGGUCAGCCAUGUUGCAGCUGACUGGGAGCUGGCGUUGGGCCUUCCGAGUCAUGCCUUGCCUGGAAGUGGUGGCCUUGAUCCUGCUUAUGGUGCUGGUUCCAGACCCGCCCAGGGGAGCUGCUGAGAAGCAGGAAGAGGCGGCCGUGGGGGACCCGAGGAGCAGCUGGUGUGAGGAUGUCAGUUACCUGGGGAGAAACUGGAGUUUUGUGUGGUCGACCCUUGGGGUGACGGCCAUAGCCUUUGUGACUGGAGCCCUGGGCUUCUGGGCCCCCAAGUUUCUGUUUGAGGCCCGUGUGGUGCAUGGACUGCAGCCUCCCUGCCUCCAGGAUCCGUGCAACAGCCAGGACAGCCUGAUUUUUGGGAUACUCACUGUGGUGACCGGCAUCAUUGGGGUUGUCCUGGGAGCAGAGGCUGCGAGGAGGUACAAGAAAGUCAACCCACGGGCUGAGCCCCUCAUCUGUGCCUUCAGCCUGCUUGCCGCCGCCCCCUGCCUCUUCCUGGCUCUCAUCCUGGCCCGGGUCACUCUCCUGGCCUCCUACGUGUUCCUGGUCCUCGGGGAGCUGCUUCUGUCCUGCAACUGGGCGGUGGUUGCUGACAUCCUGCUGUCCGUGGUGGUGCCCCGGUGCCGGGGGACAGCCGAGGCGCUUCAGAUCACAGUGGGCCACAUCCUGGGAGACGCCGGCAGCCCUUACCUCACUGGACUUAUCUCCAGCACCCUGAGGGCUGCGCGGCGUGACUCCUACCUGCAGUCCUUCCUCAGCCUCCAGCACAGCUUCCUGGCCUGCGCCUUCGUCAUAGCCCUGGGGGGCGGCUGCUUCCUGCUGACCGCGCUGCGGCUGGAGACGGACCAGGCCCGGGCCCGGCAGCCUGGCACAGGUCCUCGAUGCACAGGUGACCUGGGAGCAGAGGCUUGGAGGAGUGGAGGCAGGAAGCCAUGCAGCUCUCUGGGGGGAAGGGGCUCCUGGCAAACAAACAGCCAGUGCAAAGGCCCUGAGGGACCCCCGACAGCGAGGACGCCGAGAGCCAAGCCCUGCUUUCCGGCACAGGUUCCAUCGCCAAGGACCUCUGAGGCCCCCACGCCUGGCGAGGAGGUCCCACUCCCCUUGCUGCACCCCUCCCUCCGGCCCCGCUGCCUUACUGCCCCAGCGCCCGUCUGGCCCAGGCUCCAGGACCCCGGCUGAGCCGCACCUGCUGCAGCUUCACACCCGGCCCGGGCGCUGGCCGAGCCUGUGGGCUGUGGAUUGAGCUGUCCGCGCCCUCUGCGGGAAGCCUGGGCAGCUCCAGCCUGGGGCCUUGCGCCUGGUUCCCUGGGCCCUGAUUCAAGCAUGGCCGGCACAAAGCCCACGGAUUUCUGAACAACCAAGUUAUUCAGAGCUUCCAGGUGUCUCUGCUGGGAGUGGGGGCAGGAGAGGAAGAGGAGGGCUGCUCCCCAGCCAGGACCACUCCCUCUGUGGGUCAGGAGGGCACAGGGCAUACUCCUUUGCCGGGUCACCCUCUGAACAGAAAGCGGGGGGCAGUCUCGGAGGGGGGCUUCCACUCUGGUGCUGCUGUGACUUCAAGCCCCCAGGGGAGGCAUGUUGGACCCCGCAGGGACUCAGCUGCCCUAGGACCAGGCUGGGGUGGGGAGACUGCUCCGUCCCUGGGGCACAGCGUGUGGGCCGGGCUGGCUCUGUGGGACUCGCUGGCCGCUGGGUUUGGAGCAGCUGGGCGCAGCAGGAGCCCAGCAGCUUCCAGGCCGGCAGCGCUGGGGAGGCGUGUUCUUCCUGCCCCAGGGGCAGGAGCAUCUCUCCCCCUCCCCUGGGCCUGGCCAGCGGAGGCCUGCCUCCCGGCACCAGACUCACGCACCCCUCCUGACCCUUGCUGGCUCCGUGCUCGCCUCCCUGCCCCUACUGCUGGAGGGCGAGCUCUGGGUGCUGGACCCUCCGGCUCAGCCCCCCGUCCUCAGCCCUAACCCUCAGGAGUGGCUACCCCGAGGCUGAGCAGCCCCUCACCCACAGUUUCACCCUUGGAGCUCACAAAAUGGGCUGCCCCUGAACUUGUGAGGAAUAGCCUACACCCAGUCACACUGUACGCAGGGGUUCCCACAUCUCCAAGCAGUUUUCUCCUACCCCCAACUUGUUUCUGACCUUGUGUACCCUGAGAGAGGGUCAGAGUCCGCCCGGGAAGGGCUCAGUCCUACAAAGCUGCUCCCCCAGCCCCGCCCACUGGACGGGCCAAGCAUAGGUCCCCGUCGUCAGCUGUACCCCUGAGUGGCCAGGGGCAAAAAUCCAAGGCCCCCGAGCCCCCCUUAGGUUCUGUUAAUCGGCUAGAGCGGCUCACGGAGCCCAGGAAGCCCGUUUCCUCGCCAGAUCACCGGUUUAUACUAAAAGGCACCACUCAGGAGUGGCUGGCGGAAGCGAGGGCCAGGACGCGCUGCGGGGCAGGGGCAGAGCAGUGGCGCCCCCUCCAGGAGCCCACCCACCCGCAUCCCCAC